CGAUAUAAGAGCGCCUGCCGCGCGGGUAGCUUCGCGUUGGAGGCUUCGCAUAAAUCAUGCAGUGACCCCAUCUGGUGACGCGACACCAGGGUUCACAGGUUGCAUGCUGUCUCCAUCUAUAUAUCGGUACCUUCAAGUGUUAGGAGAGGCAUGUCUUUAUGAAUGACUUCAGGGAGCGAGCAAACUGAGACAGUAGACACCCCAGGCAGAAACUGCGUGUAGAUAGCUAGCUCAUAUGAUACAACAAUCUGUCUCACCCUAGCUGGUUUUGAGCGCGUCCAAGUCUGAACCAAAUACCCCUGUAAUGACAACCUUUACGUCACCCCACUAGAAUUGACCGAUGGCAACCUUCAAAGGCCUGCCUUUCCUCUCGUGGUUUACACAAUCUGACUGGCACAGAGGAGAGCAGCACACGCCGGUGGGUUCGGCAUAAGAUUAUGCUGCGCUAUCCAUCAGGCGCUUCGCACGCAGACACCAGACAUCGCCGGGGUGUGUCCAUCUGACGAGGGAACCUCUCUGCGCAAACCCACGAGCCGACGUCUGAUAGAAAACCGGCCCAGGACCUCUCGUCUGUCUAGGAUAUCAAUUUUCCCCCGUUACUGACCCUCUCCACCUCUCCAGGGCUUGACCUGAACCGUCCACACACGCCGAAGCGCAGCGCAUUGGCCGGCUGCCAGCCAAAAGCCGGUUUAGGCAGACGCAGUAUCGGACGACAGGCCGAGUUGCAGGGGAAAAACGUUGCCGCAUCCUGUUAUCGAGCCCGGAAAAUUCGGGCGGUGUCUCUCUGCAACAGUACAGCAGACUGUCUUCUCCACGCUUCGUGUACGAUAUAUACAUUUGUGCUGCGCGACGGCGUCAAGAUUGCCGGGCAGGAGAAAGUGGAGGACGUUCCCCCGCCGUUCGAGGUCGCCCAUCUCUGCCUGCUGGUGGCGAAACUCUUCAGCCUCCGCCCCCGGGAGUUCGCGCCCGAGGACAUGCAGGAGGGAAACUACCCUGAGCCCGACCCCACCGCGCCUAUCAGGGUGGUCCCGAAAAGAACCUAUACCGACAUCCCCUGCGGUGGAGGAGUGCCCGGGAAGAUCUCGCGAGACUUGAACCCGGAUCCCGCGAGACAGGAUGAACCCUCGCGAGAAGAGCCGAGACUGAAGCGACGGCGCGUGCGCACUGAGUGGACCCCCAGCAGGGAGGAGGCUUCCGAAAUGGCGGCCGGCUGUUGUGGUGUGAAGAAACAGAAGGUCUCUCAGGAUUCGCACCACAACAACGGCUAUCGGCUGAGUCUAUACCCCAUCAAUGGGGUGGAGAGAAGGCUGGUGGUCAGCACCGAGAUGUGCUGCUUCUGUUUCGACGUGCUGUACUGCCAUUUGCACAGCUUCGAGCAGCCCAAAGUGCCGAGGUUCACCAACGACCCAUAUCCGCUGUUUGUGACCUGGAAGACCGGGCGCACACGCCGUCUGCGGGGCUGCAUGGGCACCUUCACAGCUAUGAACCUCCAUGGUGGACUCAGGGAAUACACUCUCACUAGUGCUUUGAAGGACAGUCGCUUUGCCCCGAUCAGUCGUGACGAGAUGCCGCGGCUGCACUGCUCCGUGUCUCUCCUCACCAACUUCGAAGAUGCAAAAGAUUACCUCGACUGGGAGAUUGGCAUCCACGGGAUUAGGAUAGAGUUUGUGAAUGAGAAAGGGUCCAAGCGCACAGCAACCUACCUACCUGAAGUGGCCAGGGAACAAGGCUGGGAUCGAAUACAGACCAUAGACUCGCUCCUGCGCAAGGGUGGAUACAAGGGCCUCAUCACGAACGACGUGCGUCGCAGUAUACGACUGACGCGCUACCGCUCCGAGAAGAUGACCGUCGGCUAUGCAGAGUACAUCGCUCACCGCAACAACAACAACCACCAGUACAAACACUUAGCUAACGGCUGCACCUCCAAGGUUUUAUGAUGACGGCUGGCAGUCACAUAGAGAUGGGCAGUGAAAUCACAACCAUUUUUUUUAUAUGAAAUGAGAGAAAACAAAACCUUCCUUUUUUUUUUAAAUUGUUGUUACAAUGUUUGAGUUUUUUUUUAAAGAGAGAGUGUUCUCCCAGAAAGGAUUCGAGAGUUUACUGGAAGUAUUUACUACCAGGUUCCGAUGCCUGCUCAGUUAGAGUUUCACUACUCAGCUAUAAUGAUGCUAAACGUUUUUCAAUUUCUGUAGUAAGCUUUGCACCCUCACAGUAUUUUCAUGACAUUGUAGACUGGCUUUUGUUAGCAUCUGUACAUACCUUUGUUUUGGCUUUCACGGUAGCAUGCAGCUAGUGAAGCAUUCUUUUUGACUUUCCUAUGUUAAUGUUUCUUUAGAUAUAUCCUUGUCUAAUGGAAGAUGCCCAAUAAAGAAAGUAGGUUUGAAUUUCGCUUGGUGCAUGUGCAUCUAAAUUGCCCAGUUUUCUC